AUGAAGUGGGAAGAACACUGCGUGCUGCACGAUCUCGAUUAUGCUACACUCAAAGACUUGACGCAGUACCUCAAUAACUACUCGCGAGCAUGCGAGAACCUGGACAUAGGCCCGUCGACUCCAAACCAAGCGGGACGAAAUCGCCAACCUAUGAAGCAACAACAACCCGACAGCCGACCCAACCAAUUUACUUCUAUGUCCAGGCAAAACUACGACAAAUCUUCAAUCAUAUCAGCAAGACCAACAACUUUAACAUGUCCAAUAGAUAACCAAGUUCACUACGUUGGAAAAUGUCCGGACUUUUUGAAACUUCCCGUAGAUCAACGGGCAGAGCUGGUGAAGCAACAUAAGCUGUGCUUCAACUGCUUAGGCCAACACAGAUUUAGUGAAUGCACAUCGUCUAAGCGAUGUUUCAUCAACAACUGCGGAGGGAAACACCAUUCAACUCUACACAUCGACAAAAAACCGUUUCAAACGCACAACCAAAAAUCAAAUAACAUGCAGCUUGGCACUACAGUAACCAAGCCCUCGGAACAAGCUCAGGAUCCAAUCCAAAAUAUGAACAACAUCAGAAAUCAGUUACAAUUUAUGCCGGUAACACUGUUUAACAAUGGCAUCAAACUAGAUUGCUACGCCAUACUCGACAACUGCAGCAGCUGCUCAUAUAUCCUCAGCAAAACAGCUGAAACACUUCAGUGCAAACCAAGCCAACAACUGCAGCUUAGCGUACGAGGUGCUUUCAGUAAGGACAAAGUGUCUUCCUCGCUGGUCUGGCUUAGUAUCGGACCACAUAACCCUACAACACCUACUUUCACCCUACAAUCAGUCUAUUCAGUUGAAGCUCUGAGUUUUCACGCUAUCGACGCAAACAACCUUAACAAAACGUGCUCACUCUACAAUCACCUUCGACAUGUCAACUUUCCUGAACUAGGCGACAACACAGCUCAAAUUUUGCUUGGCGUAGAUGCUUUCUGGAAUAUUGCGGAGCGCGAUAUCAGAAAAGGUCCUACAGGCACCCCCUACGCUGUAAAAAACCUACUAGGAUGGACGAUCACUGGCCCACUCAACCAGAAAUCUAAUAGUUCCCGAUCAAAUUCACACUCAACUAACUUCAUUGACUUAAAUGAUCAAGAAGACGCUAAUCUCACUGAAUUAGUGGAAAAUUUCUGGAAAGUAGAAGGAUCAGGCAUCCAGGAAGAUAACAAAGCUACAUACUCUGAUAAAAGCAAACGACAACUAAGAUUUAUGGAAAAAAGUAUUGAGCACGAUGGAGAUCGCUACAAAAUAAAUCUACUCUGGAAAAACGAAAUAAAAUUGCCAAACAAUUAUCCGGUAGCUAAAGCUCAACUGCUAUCGCUACAAAAACGGCUCAGAAAAGACCCUGAAACCAUGCAACUCUAUGAGAAAUCGCUUAGUACCGACCUGGAAAAUAACUACGUCAAGCCCGUUACUUUCCAACACCCACAACCUGAAUUACUUUGGUACCUCCCACAUCACCCUGUAACUAAUCCAAACAAGACCGGAAAGGUACGCAGAGUGGCCAACGCUGCCUCAACCUACAAGGGCGUCUCGCUGAACUCUUGCCUCGAAACUGGACCUGACCUCCUGAACAACAUGUUUGGACUUCUACUACGAUUCCGGGAAAAAUCUGUGGCUGUAUCGGCGGAUAUUGAAGGUAUGUUUAUGCAGAUAGGUAUUAAAGAUGAUCAAAAUGCGCUUCGCUUCCUUUGGCCUACUAAAAAUGGUAUCAAACAAUACCAAUACACGCGACUUAUCUUUGGUGCAAAAUGCUCACCAUCCAUUGCCAUCUUUGCGCUUCAUCAAACAGCUGCCGAUUACUGCGUAACCAAACCCAUUAUUGCUCAACUGCUUCACAAAAGUUUUUACAUGGACGACUUUGUUCACUCGUUCAACACGACACACGAGGCUAGAGACUCUACUACGCAACUAAAAUCCUCCCUAAGACAGGGGGGAUUCAACCUAAAUAAGUUCGUAUCUAACACUAAUGACGCGAUCUACUCCAUUGAUGGAGGCGAAGUUUCUACUAAUGCUACAGUGCAUCGUGUUCUGGGUGUCAAAUGGGACACAACUGACGAUACGUUAAUCGUGCAACCAACAACCAAGCUAAAUAAUACUACAUCAUCUACACUCCGAACAGUUCUUUCUACAGUAGCAAGGGUUUUCGACCCCUUAGGCAUCCUAGCGCCGUUUGUCAUAAAACUCAAAAUUCUUCUGCAAAACUUGUGGAAGUCUGGUAUCUCUUGGGACGAAAUCGUGCCCAGUGACUUUGUUCCGAUAAUUGACAAAUGGGUUGACCAAUGCAAACAAGUACCCCCUGUUAGACUGCCGCGCUUACUUGGUCCACAGCUGUCACCUAUUGAUAUACAGCUUCAUGUUUUCUGCGACGCGUCGCAAGACGCAAUGGCUACGUGCAUCUACUUCCGAACUGCUUGUAGCUCUGGCAUACACGCUACUUUCUUGAUUGGCAGAACAAAGGUAGCACCACUGAACCAAGAGAGCAUUCCUAAACUGGAAUUACAAGCCGCCCUUCUGGGUGCUCGGCUAUGCAAGUUCGCUACUGAUGAAAUGCGGUUAAAGCCCCACUCCACUCACUUUUGGACGGAUAGCACUACUGUUUUGUCCUGGAUCGCUUCACCUGCCGAGACCGAGGCAAUCCUCAACUCACGUCCGCUAACUCAUGUCAGUAGCGACCUUGACGACGACCUUCCACUGACACCCAACCACUUCUUAAUGGGUCGUCCAUUCGUCUACGCUCCAGCAGCAGCCUUCUACGAAGCAUCUACCAAUAAACUGUCCAACAAGUCCUGGAAGCGAGCAAAAGAUAGACUUGACAGCUUCUGGAGGCGUCUACUUAAAGAGUACGCUCCGACUCUCAUCAGAAGGACUAAAUGGACGCAACCCGAGGAACCACUCGAAAAAGAUGACCUCGUGUGGAUACUUGAGGACUUUACACCACGAGGCAUCUGGCCACUGGGUCGAGUGUUAGAAGUUUUUACCGGCUCGGAUGGCAUCGCGCGCUCGUGUAAACUGAAAACAGCCCUAGGUACUUUAACGAGACCAGCGGUGAAACUUGCCCUCGUAACCCCAAAAAAAGAAGAUUUAAGACCACUUUAA